AUGCGGAAGUGGCUGCGCGUGCAUGCGAAGAUCUCACUUUGGCUCCCGCUACUGCUGCUGUUGUUGCUGCUGCUGAUUCUGAUGUUCCAGCUCUUGGUGUGGCAGGCGGCAUCCCCGUUGGAGAGUAACGACGCCGUCGCUGUUGUCGCCGCCACUGCGGACACGCCGGUGCCACAGCCGCUUCACACAAGCGAUGGGAGAAACUUCACUCUGGGCUACUCUGGCGGCGGCACAUAUGAUGAUGAUGAUGAUGAUGGCCUUGCUGACGUAGUGGAGGACAAAGUGUUGCGGCUGCAGCCAACCGGCCUCCAGCUGCACCAGAACGUGUGUUUUUGUGCAAACGGUACCCGGCUGCGCCUCCGCCGUGCCGCCGACGGUGAAGACGUUUGGAGGGGUACGUCGGUUGUUCUUGCGCGCGCCGGGUGUGGUGCCGGCACCGUGAGCCGCGAGAUGGCACGUCUUUUCGUCUGGCUGCAGCAGUGGGAGUCGCCUUCUGCCCGCAACGCGUCGCUGCUGCACGUCCGUGUCGCGGGAGGGGGAGUUGUUGCGGUGCCGCGGACGCAGAGACUCGCUGUUGUUACUGCUGAUGGAAGUGGUGGGCGCUGUGAGGCGGCUGGCGAGGCGGAGUACGACCGCUUGCGGCUGCUCCACUGGAUUCGCGUUGUCACUGGGCUAUUUCAGUUGCCGCCGUGGUGGAGCAAGGAUGAGGCUGCCGCUGGUCGCGUUGCGCCCCGUCAUGUGCAAGUGGUAGUGGAUGUGCUGCAGGGCACAACUGGAGCCUCACUGUCCGUCUCGUCAGUGCAGGAAUUGGGCUGCUUUGAGUAUGCGCUGCUGGCUGCUGCGGGGGGUUCGCCGCGUUGGUUCCCGUCGGAGUUGUGGGCGCACCGCUUUCGUUUGCGCUGGCUGCACUACCUACACUGCCACCACCUGCAGCAGAUGCGGAUGCAGACGGCAGAGGCUACAGCAGCCGCGGUGUGGGGCACGCAGCCGGUCUCGCCGGUGCUCCGCCGCAUGCUCAUCGCCGCCGUCGAUGAUGAUCACGACGCGUUGAAUGCAGCGGCACCAGCCGUGUCGGAUGACAGUCAGCGUCUUCGUCGUCCUCACCGCCGCAGCAGUAGCACCAGCUGCAUCCAUAAUGAAGGGAUGGGAGCUGCAGCGCUUGCUAGUGCACUGGUUGAGGCUCCAUCGUUGGGCAAGGCAAGGCCGCUGCAGAUCACAAUGAUUGUUCCUCGAGCGGAUUCUUCCCACGAUGCGAGGGACGUCGCGUCGUACCUGCACGAGAAGUUCGGGCAGGCGGGCCGGAUUCAGCUGAUCUAUGUGAAUGCCGCCAGUGACGAGAGAAAGAAACUGUUGGAGUCUGGCAGCCAGAGCGACCGGUUUGGGGUGCAUGUUGUGCGUGACGAGGCCGAGCUGCUGCUGCUGCUGGCGCUGACGGACGUGCUAGUGGCGCCGCAUAGCACCGCACUGGCCGCACUGGUGGCGAUGCAGCCGGGGAGCGUCGUGGUGGAAUUGUUCCCGCACCGCUGCCGCUCUCUCGCCCACGUGGAGUUGGCGGCGGCGAUGCACGUUUCAUAUAUCGGCUACGAGGAGUCGGGCGACCGGGAAAACAGCAAUACGGGGCAUAACAGCAUGUGCGUUGUGGGGCAAAAUGCGUCCGUGUCUGCCGCAGGCGUACAGCUGCGCUUUGAGCGUGGCGCGGCGUGUCGGCAGCGGCGUGACGUGCGUGUGUCAGCGCUGCGGUUGUACCACGUGGUGAAGAGCGGGCUGUCGGCGGUGUUGCUGCGCAACAGUCGCUUCUUCGGUGUCAUGGCCUUCGACCGCCGGUAG